GUAGCAUGGUAUUUAGUAAAUAAAGCAAUCCAUAAAACAACAAUAAAAAUAUGAUGAAAGAUACACGGUGUAUUCCUUCGUUAUAGCCACCAAUCCUAUCUAUUAACACAUAUUAUUCCAUGGAUGAAAUAAACGUUGCACGUUCGCGCUUGUAAAACGAGGCUCCUCCUCCUUACCCUAAUUGCACCCGAUGGUUAACGCCGCUACAUCUUCCCAAUUUUAUUUCUGUUCAUCCACAAACAAGAUGGCAGACCUUCCCUUGGAUGAGAUGAUGCGCCGGCGAUUUUUUAGAAAUAACAUUCGUGGGAUAAACAACAGAUCACUCGUUGGUCGGGGUGCAGGAGAUUUUGGGGGAACUUUUGACGCCCGACUCAAGAUCGGAAAUACCGAUGUCAAGCAGAGACUUGGUGGAUCAGGAACAGUAUUCCAGGUGAAAGAUGCUAGAGAAAAGCUAAGUCAAAAAGACCCCCGCUUUCAAGUUAGGGGCAGUAGUGCGGGAAAGACCAUUCAAGACGCCAGACAAACAAUAAACUCUCGCAAAGAACAGCACGGAUUGAAACGGCUGCACAGCACAAGGACAGAUGACCCACCAGAAGUAAACCAACAAGUUCACCAUAACAGGAGUAAUGUGAACAAAGCCUUUCUUAAUGUGAGCCCCUCCCCUCUAGGAUUAAAUGUCAAAGUGGGCGUGGCAUUGCAACAGGGGGGUGGGCCUAAGAGGGAGGUGGACGCUCGUGAUAGGCUCCGGCUCAAGAGAAGCCCCGCAUUACUGUCAUCUUUCAAGAUCACAAAGACCAUCCAGAAGCCUGCUGUGGGACUGACCAGUGGGAUUUGUGUUGGCGUAGCCAGAAGAAAUAAUCAAAUGGAUGAAAUGGAACCAGGAAGUGAUGCAGAGGAGUCUGUCGUGGGCGAGGAAGAUGUAACCCCAGGCAAACAGAUGAAGGUUGUGACGUCUGGCAGCGCAUUGCACGAGCAAGCCGAUUCCAUCGGCUGCCCCUUUUCUCUCUCAAGCCCGAUUACCAAAGUCGUCCAGAAUGACAGCUACACGGCCAGUCCCUCUGUGCAAAUCCCGCCCAGCGCCAGCCCACCGGCUCCUGCCCUACAGCCCGUGUCCCGGACCCUGAUCACUGGGCAGAUCCAGCAGGGCAUCAGAGAGGAUGCCGAACCUCUUAUUGGAACACAGCCAGCUUUCAGUCCACUGGAAGGGACGAAGAUGACAGUGAACAAUCUUCAUCCACGUGUCACAGAGGAAGACAUUGUUGAGCUGUUCUGCGUGUGUGGAGCCUUGAAACGCACACGGCUUCUGCAGACGGGUGUAGCAGAGGUGGUGUUCGUCAGGAAGGAGGAUGCCAUCGCGGCCUACAGGAAGUACAAUAACCGCUGCCUGGACGGCCAACCCAUGAAGUGCAACCUUCACAUCCAGGGAAACGUCAUCACGUCAGAUCAGCCCAUUCUUCUGAGGCUUAGUGACACCCCGGGUGUCAGUGACGCAAAGACAGAGGGGCUGCCCACCUCCCUGUCCCACCCAGUAGGGCGGUCGGCUUCGUCUCAGCCCCCAGUGGAGGUGAAUCCCCAGACCAUCCUGAAAGCCUUGUUCAAGUCGUCACUUCCGCCCUCCACAUCCUCAGACUCUGCCGGCUCGCAGGCGACAGCCUUUUGCAUUAAGAUCUAGCAGCACGCGUGCACCGCUGCUUGUCGGUUCUCUAUCAGUGGCCUAAGGAGUUACAUAUACAUGCCAUAACGUUUGGCCAGAAACUCUUCAUGCUCCAAUAUUCAGCCGCAACAUAGAAGACAAAGCCACAAAAAACUCCUGCCCUGUGCACAUGCAUCUGCUCGCAGGAAUUUUCGGGUGAUGACCUCUAUAUCAGUGUAUUAACAUUUACGUUUGCUAGGAAGAAAUAUCUGAUAUGGACAGACAGGAUUUUUAACAGUCGAUUGAUAUUAAUGUUGAUAUUAAGUGAUAAUUUGACCUUUAAAAUAUUUUUAUUGAUUCCUAUAGUAGCAGUAAGACAAACCUCAUUUGUUUGCAUUCCAAGGGAGACAAUGGCUUACUUUAUAUAUUUGCAGGUUGUUCACAUUGAACACUACUUUUCUGUUUCCCCUCAAAAUCGAAUAAUAUUGUACAUUCUCUUCCACAUUUUCUUAACAUUCAAACGAAAGUCGGUAUGUGUUUGUGUCUUUUUUCCUCUCUUUUUUGGCCUGUACCUUUGUUAUUUUGGGCAUCUGUGUCCCUUCAAUCAGGGAACAGUGUCUAUGGGAAGAGUUAAGUACAGUUGGUGUUCAUAAUUUACACUGAUAGUUACGGCUACUUUUGUGUCAUUUCUUGAAUACAUUGUUGCUUAUUAUAUUUCUGCUUAGUGAAAAAUGAAAUAUUUUGUUGAACAGUAUAUACAUCUGGAAACUAAUAAACUGAUACACCCCAGCA